AGAAGUCAUUACUCGUCCGUCAGUCCCCGUCGCGCCACCACCGUCAGUCUGGCCGACUCCGACACCAGAAUCGCCUCCUCUUCUCCUUCUUUUAAUUCCUCGCCUUCCCUUUUCUAGUUCCUCGACUGACUCCUCUCGAUCCUCUUCCUCUUCUCUCUCGUUCGUCUCGUCUCUCCGAAGACUCCCCGUCGAUUCCUCCUUGUCCGUUCCCCCUCCGAGCUCCCUGUGUCUUUUGAAGGCGCCCUCGUAGCCCCGACCAUGCGAGGGGCGUCGCUCCCCUGCGCCGUCGUGCUCGCUGGCGUCAUAGCGGCGGCCGAGGGGCUGUUCGGCAUCCCGGAGUUCCUGGAGCUCGGAGGCUGCGCCAAUGUCACCCUCAUGGAAGACUUCGAUCCCGUUAAGUACCAAGGGCUGUGGUUCGACAUCGCCAGUGUACCCAACGAGUACCAGGUGACCAAGCAAUGCAUCAGUCAAAACUACACGUGGACAGGCGACGAGAUGCGCGUGGUGAGCAGGGGCCUGGCAGAGGACGGCCUGAAGGUGCGCCAGGGCAUGUACAUGGUGCCGGAGGAGUUCGAGGAGCCCUUCGAACCAGCGCACAUGACCGUUAAUUAUGGACGGAUGCCGGAGUCGCCCUAUGAUGUCAUCUCCACGGACUACACCACUUACUCGUGCGUUUACUCUUGUCUCGAGUACUUCGGCUUCAGAGCUGAGUUCUUCUGGUUGUUCAGUCGGACGCCGUGGAUCUCCAGCUGGGCCAGGGAGACGUGUCAACAGGAUCUCGAGGACAUGGGGAUCGACACUGGAAAAAUGCUCGAAGUCCUUCAGGGGGAGACGUGCCCAUACAACACCAGACUCGACGCCAUUCUAGAUGAGAAUCGAAAACUAAUGAGGAAGCUCAUGUCCGCCGCCCCCAGCAAUGUGACGACCAGUUUCAGGAGAAAUGAGAGAGUAAGGCCAGCUGAUGAAGUAAUAACACCAAGGAAGACAGCACGGGUCGACACACCUCAAAAAGACAGCCAGCCAGAGACAGACAGAGAUAUGAACAUGACUCUCGAAGACACGACGCAGCCACAUCGCUGGCAUGACACCCCGCGCGCUCUCUUUCCAGACGGUGACCCCGAAGCGGAACCCGAGGUCACGGACGCCGCAGCGACCCCAACGGCCACCAGGCUCGUGUGUCUUCUGGCUCUCAACGUGGCUCUCCUUCCUGUUGUGGCUCGAUAACCUUCAUUUCGCAGCACAGGGAGUGGGGGUCGAGCACAGGGAAUGGGUGGGAUGUGAGGUAACUGCUUACUGUUAUAGAGAAUGGAGGUCUGCAAUAUCCUUUUUUUUUUUUUAGAUUGUGGAUACAGGUUUAUUUUCCAGUUAUAGACGAUGUUUAUUUCAGAUUUUGGUAGUGGUUAUUGUGUUGAUAUUGGAUUUCGAAUGUGGUCAAUUUCAGUCCAUGGUUAUGAAUGCGAAUACAGUGUUUGUCAAUGUAACCGUUUAAGGUAAUUAUGAUUGCAUGCAUAUUAGCUAUUAUGUAAUUAUAUAUCUCCAAUAUCCAUAACUGAAGACGACCAAAUCACAAAGGCUACUCUAAUUCUAUGGCUGUGCCAUUUGCAAAUAAUUUUAAGAAUAUCAAGUGUAAUAAUAACAAUAAGAUACGACAAAGUGUAUAUUCUUAAGAUAUUUCUUAAUGUGAUUAAGAAAAUGAUAACAUAAUCAAAGAAAAUAGUAAUAGGAGUAAAAUAAGAAUACUAAAUUGCCUUGUAUCAUAAUAUACAACAUUUAUAUU